UUGCACGCUUGUAGAGAACAAAGGUUUGUUUUCAUUUGCUCCACUGGGCAAAGGGUUGUCUGUUCCAGAAAUGAAUCUCCGGAUUUGGAUGGAUCUUCGAUGUACCAUAUGAGCACGCAAAGCCCGAUGUCGACGUAGUGCCCCAAUCGAUGUUGAUCCUUCGCAGGCACCAGAAGAUUUUUAGACGCAAUGAUAUACGAAGGUUUUAUUUCGAUGCCUGUUUUUGAAAACGCUUGUUAUGUCGCCGUAGUUUUGAUUAAUAGUCUGGCAGAACCAGCAUCUUCAUCAUGACCAGCGAUAUCCCGGAGUUGUUAUGGACGGCGGCCGCCUUAACAGCGGGGAUCCAGAUACCCCGAGUAAAAACGCAACCACCCCAUAGUCAAAAUUUGAAGUUUCUCUGUGCUUGAACUUGUUUAGUACAAAAACACACCACGACAAAGCUGGGAAAUCAGCAAGGCAAGCCUAGAGUUUUUGGGACAUUCGCAUGACAAGCUUGGUGCUCUACUCUUGUCGUGCCUAGCUAGUUUAGCUGCGUCAGAUGAAAUCCGCUGCCUUAUCCAGAUAAGGGCACGAUAACUUUUUUCUAAACGCGAUGAUAAAUAAGGGUCUCCCAUGCAGACCCGUGUGCGGAACGUUUUGGACAUGCGGACGUGCACGACAAGUAUGAGGUGGGUACGUUUUUACUUAGGAUAGCAGGGCCUGGGUUUCUUGCACGGCUACUGGUUCCAAACGGAAGUUUUUUACGACGCGCUGGGCGGUAUCAACAGUCUUUUUUUCGUCGGUCUUGCAGUCGUGCUGAACUACACCAGUUUCGGCAACAAUGCGAAUUUCUUCGAUGAGAGUCGCAAGGUAAGUAUUUCGGCGCUCUUCGCGGUUUCGCGCUUGUGGCUGCUCGCCUUUUUGGCGUGUACGAUAAGGAAAAAUCUCGCCGCCCCAUGCUUCUGUGAAAAAGGAGACAUAAUGCGAUGCGCGAGGACUUCUUGCCUACACAGAGGCAAAUGCUAUUUCUCUGGGUAGUGCAGUAGUUUCCUGUCAUAUUACGGUUGCACACACAAGAACAGCCCUCUUCCUCCAUGCCAGACAGCAAUAAAAUCCGUGGUCGCAAAAAAUCCAUUCGACCUUUUAGUAGCGUGGGGCGGAAACAUUUUUCCUUUUGGUAGCGUGGCGCGCGAAGGAGCGCAAGGGCGACGGCCGGUUUGACGAGCUGAAGCCGUACUUUUUCACCUUUCUGCUCGUUUGGAUCAUGCAGGGGGUGUGGUGCUACUGUGUCGCCCUGCCGCUGCUGGUGCUGACUGGAGUGAGGGGUGAGGCCGGAAAGUUGUCCUCGCCUGUCGACUACCUCUCCGUCAUGUUCUUUCUGGUCGGGCUGGUGUGCGAAAUCAGUAGCGACAUCGUGAAGGCCUCCUGGGUGAAGGAGGGCCGCCCCGGCGGAUUCUGUACCCGCGGCUUGUGGUACUACUCGCGACACCCCAACUAUUUCGGGGAAAUACUGAUGUGGUGGAGCGCCUUCGGUUUGUGCAUUCAGCCAAUGAUGGUCGAUAGCGGGGUUACCGGUUACAUGCUUCUAGCCGUGCUUUCACCUCUAAUCACAACAUUCUUGCUCCUCUGCGUGUCGGGCGUGCCGCUGGCCGAGGGGAAGCACUUGGAAAGAUACCUGAAAUACCCCGACUUCCCCGCCUAUCGCAAACGGACCUCGUGUUUGGUCCCCAUGCCGCCAGGGGUGUACGAAAGGAUACCCAGCUUGCUGCAGCGGUUGCUUCUCUGCGAGUGGAAACGCUACGAAUAUGUGGAGCCAGCGGGCGCCAGUACUUCUAGGUGUAGAGGCGUUUGUCAUUUGUCAUUCUGAUAUUUUGUUAAUUCGUUUCAGGGUGGAAUUGAAUUCAAGCUCUGUGCAGUCAAUCACAACUCAAUGGAGGUUGUGAGCAAACGACUAUGUUGCGCAUAUGACUACAUCAUCAUAAUGACCUUCCAACAGGCGAAGAGAGCCACUUCUUGGAAGCUGAAUUGAGUCUGCUUCGCACAACAUCAGGCAGCACCCCGGGAGCCCUAAACCCAGCAAGCGCGGCAGCAGCGGCCCAAGAGGCAAGUCCCGGACCUCCGAGACCCGGCCCAGCGCAGUGAAAAAGCGUCCCAGCAGUGGCACCGCAAAGAAGCGACGCGGCGCUAGCGUGUCGGGAAAGAAAUAGGUGUGAAGAGCCGCUGCCGACAACCAUGAGUCUUGCCAGCGGGGCUGAUACGGGAAGCGAGCGUGUCUCGUGAUGCAGCUCUACUGAGCCCAAGGUGCUACUUAUGACAGGACAGUGUGCGCCGCACAGUGCGUUCUUCUCGAUGAAGCGUUGUACUAAAGCGCUACAGUGCAGCUGAUUGGAUAACUUGCGAAGAUGUACAGAAAACAAAAUCAUCGCAAGUAGAGUGUGUUGCUGCAGCUUACGACGUAUCGUGCAGAGGUAGCUGAAAAAAACUGCGAACAGCAGAAAGGAUGGGCGCCAUUGUUAAAAGAGGACACGACCGACCCGCUGCGUGGUUAUUUCUCCCAGCG